UGAGCCGUGUUGCGAGUUGGACGUCGUGAAUCGCUGUGCGCGUCUUUUAUUAUUCAUAUUGACAUCGUACGUACAUACGUGUGUACUUUCGCCGUUUCGUUAAUUCGCCAAUUCGCCGUCUCGCCGCGUCCUGCACAAACGCAAAAUCAAGCAAAAGCACAACAAAGUCAAAGCCUUUGUAUAUGCAACUUGGACUGUUUUGUGGGUCGCUUGCAAAAUAUCUGUAAAGUAUAUCGUGAAACCUUUUUUUGGCCAAUUGCCAUUGCCAAUUUUAAAUAUUCAAGUAAAUAGUGUGAAUUUUGGGCAAUUGUUGCGCUCGAACUGAACAACAUGGGCAAAGCGGAGUGCAUAAGCUACGAUGGCAAUCAGUUGCCAUAUAUUGAUCUGGGCACCGCACAUAUACGCAUGGAUAAGGAGGAGGCGCCAGAAUGGGCACUAAAAAAGGCGCAAGAUGAACUACGUGAGGUAGACGGCGUCAAGGAACAGGCCAUCAAGGAGCUGAGGGAGUUACUACAGAAUGAGAAGCAUCUCAACUUGCCACUCGACGAUGAAUACAUGAUGAUGUUCCUACGUCCUUGCCACUAUUAUCCAGAAAGUGCACUGAAGCGACUCAAGAAUUUUUACAACAUGAAGCUGAAGUACGGCCAGGCCUGUGAAAAUAUUGUACCCGCCAAGCUGCGAAAUGUAUUCGAGGCCGAUAUACUUAACCUAUUGCCCACCAGAGAUCAACAUGGACGUCGUUUGCUGGUGCUCGAAGCAGGCAAGAAAUGGAAGCCAUCACAGGUGCCGCUGGUGGAUCUAUUUCGUGGCAUACAACUGACCGUGUUGGGAUCCAUGGCGGAGCCACAUUCACAGAUCUGUGGCGCAGUUGUCAUAAUUGAUAUGGAAGGCUUACCUUUGAGCCACAUUACACAGUUUACACCAUCGUUUGCCGCCAUGUUGUUGGACUAUAUACAGGACUGCAUCUGUAUGCGUCUAAAGGGUGUUCACAUUGUGAAUAAUUCCUAUAUCUUCAAUAUGCUGUUUGCCAUAUUCAAGCCGUUUAUACGGGAGAAACUGCGCAAGCGCAUCUUCUUCCAUGGCAAGGACUGGAAAUCGUUGACCUCACACAUUGAGGCUAGUGCACUUCCUCCUAAAUAUGGUGGCUCUGCCACUUGGGAGCUGCCUCCUGGCAAAAUUUUAGGUGACUUCUUCGAAUGCUACUCCAAGGACUACGAACAGGCUGACAGCUAUGGCUUCACCGAGGGCUACAAGAUGAAGAAGAAAUAAAUGGACCUUUAUUUUGCGAUUUGCAUUUUAACAUUAUAAGAGGGGUCAGUUGUGAUAUUGCAAAUAUUGUUUGUACCGUUUAACAUUUAGUUGCCUGCUCUAGAAUUGUUAACAGUUAAAGUGUUUUAAGUUUUACACUCUCACUCACAGACACA